CUUCGUGUUCUGUUCUUGUAGGUCUUCGAUAGGAAAUGGACGAUUUUUCUUUUCUGUAAACAUGCAUUUUGUAAUAAGCGUUCUAGUUUAGCAGCAUUUUCUUUUUUAAUAAUUAAUUCAGACGGAAGGAAACCUGUGAAUGAGAGUUUCAAUAGUUAAGGAAAUUGCUAGUGUUGGCAUAUUCAGUGAAAAUCUGGGCGCGAAAUCUAUUUGAAAAUUGAUCUUGAUUCUGAUGAAAAUGGAAAUAACCGAAGUGGAUAUGGACGGCUAUGACAGCCAAGGAUGUCUCCAUGAAAUGUUUCGGAGACAAGCGAGGGAAACUCCCGAAACUUAUGCAUUUUAUAGAGGUCGGAACUUUAAAGGCAUUGAUUAUUUUAGCGACUGUUUAGCAGUACACCUUGGACAGUGUGGAGUCGGAGUGAAUACGGUGGUUGGAAUAUUAAUGGACAGAUCUGACAAUUAUAUUAUGUCCGUUUUGGGCAUACUGAAAGCUGGAGGAGCCUACGUGCCUCUCGAGGUAUCUUACCCUCAGCAUAUACUGGAUUCUGUGCUAGAAGAUGCAAGAUCAAUCGCAGUCUGUACCACAACAACAUUUCUUGAUCGCUUUCACAAAAUGGAGAAGAUUUGUGUAAUUAACAUUGAUGAAUUGCCCUCUGACUGUCAUAUAUAUAUCUCAUGGGAUGAUUAUUGGAAUAAGACGGCACCGGCCGCAGUGCCAGUUUCACUGGAUGAUAUGGCCUACAUUGUCUACUCCUCAGGAACAGCUGGCAAGCCAAAGGCCAUUCGAUUUACUCACAGAGAUGCCUUAUUCUCUCAUACGUGGAGGCACAGGGCUUAUCCCUAUAAGCAGUUCUCUGACCGGGUAGCAGUUCUCUCUGCAUGGGACAUGCUCGGACCAUUAAUCAAAGGAAUCCAAAUUUACUUAAUCACAGACGAUGUAAUUCAUGAGCCCAUAAAUUUGGUUGAUUGCCUCCAAAAUUAUGCUAUAACUCGAGUACUGUUCACUCCGUCAUUGCUGCAAGCUGUUUUGGAUCUCCAAGGCAUGGAUUUGAAAGAAAAGCUUAAAUCUGUCAGGCAAAUCUGGCUGCAUGGAGAAGUGGUUACAACAAAACUGCGGGACAGGUUGUGUCACUUGUUGCCAUGGAUAAAAGUGCUUAACCUCUACAGAAUUUCCGAGUGUCUUGAUGUGGCCAUUGCAGAUAUUUCGCUUUCAAUGGCAACAGGAGAGGCUGGAAAUUUUUGUCCCGUGGGUAAAUUGCUACCACAGGUUCAUGCUGUCAUCAUGGAUGAACACCAAAACGUCAAAGCUAUUGGAGAACCUGGAGAGAUCUACAUAGGCAGUCCAACACUGGACUCCAACCAACCUGACCUGAACGCGACACGCUUGAUAGAGCGACCGGCGCAUGUGAGUGCGUGUGUGGGGCAGAGACUGUACAGGACCGGUGACUGGGGAUUCAUGCUCAGCGACCGCACCCUGCACAUACAUGGUCGUUGCGACACCACUGUGCGCAUUCGCGGAUACUCCGUCCAACUGCAGGCUAUAGAGAGGAUAUUACUGAACCUGUUGAUGGUGAGUUCAUGCUGUGUACAGGCAUAUGGAGAGGAAGGCACUGACAAGUAUCUAGUCGCUUACGUUGUUCAAGAACCUUCAACCAAAUUGAAUGUUGGUGAAGUGGGCCAAGCACAGAACAAACUGCGCAAUCUGCUCAAAGAGAGGCUGCCUCUCUACAUGAUACCAACCAAAAUCAUCCUUCUUGACAAAUUUCCGAUUCACAAGACUAGUGGUAAACUGGACAAGGAGAAGCUAGCUGAAAGCGAGAAGGGUGUUGAGCCAGGCUCACUUCACUUGGAUGACCAGAGCAUGUCACCUACUGAAAAACUCAUUGCAUCGGUCUGGUGCAACUGCUUGAAUCUGAUGACAGUCGAUGUUAGCGAGAACUUUUUCGACUUGGGAGGGCAUUCAUUGGCUGCGACUAGAGUAAUGAGUGAAAUCAAUGAGAAACUCAAUAAACACCUGGACACUAGCUCAAUAUUCUUGUACCCAACUGUUCAGAGUCUGGCGAAAUUUGUGCUGGGAAUUGGAGGCAGUGAGAAUAUCAAGUUGGUUGAAGAGUUGGACUCCAUUCACAUUUCUUACCCCUCAGACCUUGAUUCCAAACUGAGAGCCUUCUGGGAAUCAUUGAAAUUGAAUAAAAAUAAGUGCAAUUUUGGAAAUAUUCUAAUAACUGGUGGAACAGGAUUUCUCGGAUCGCACUUGAUCAUUGAACUACUCAAUAAAACUCAGUGUCUCAUAUACUGCAUUGUUGGGAAGAGUCCAACAUGCACAGCAAUGGAGAGGGUGAUUGAGGCUCAGAAACGUUUUGGAUUGCCUAAAGUCGACGAAAAACUUAUGAAGAGAAUUAUUGCUAUUGAUGGUGACGUAUCUCUACUGAAUCUGGGCCUCUCAGAUGAUGCCUACAAUUCCCUUGCACCAGAAAUCGACUUUAUAAUUCAUGCGUCAGCUAAGGUCAAUCUGAUAUUUCCUUUUCACUCGCUCUACAAGGAUAAUGUGAAGGCCACCAAAAAUAUCAUACAGUUUGCUCUCCACACCAAAGUCAAGCCCAUACAUUACAUAAGCUCAAAUGCAGUAUUUGCCAACGGUCAAAGUGGUUACGACCAAACUAAAUGGCUGGCCGAGCAACUUGUGUUGCGCUCUGCUCAAUCUGGAUUGCCAUGUGUUGUUUACAGGUUAGGCAGUACUAAAAGAGCCAGUUGCAAUCCGUCAGAUUUCACUCUGUACAUGAUCCAGGGUGUCAUCAGAACUGAAACAGUGCCUGACAUUAAAUGGAAGAUUGAAAUGACGCCAAUUGAUUUUGUGCAAGAAAUGUUUGUGGAGUUGUUUUUGGAUCUGAAUAACUCAAUUGGAAAAAUCUACCAUUUUGUGAAUGAAGACCAGCUUCCAUGCGAAGAAUUGUGGAAACUAAUGGAGAGAAGGGGCUACCAUUUGAAAUCACUGCCUUACAACGACUGGGCCAAAUUAGUGCAUGCCAACGAAGACUUGAAACCUCUGUCACAUCUACUUCAAUCUCUGGUCAAGAAUGAAAAUUACUUCACCAAUCUGGCUGUAAUCAGAAAGGAGACACUGAACUGUUCCAUUGAAAAGAGAAAGGUGACAUACCCGGUAGCCGAUGCUGAGCUCUAUAACAAAUACCUUGACCAUCUCCUUCAAUUGGGAUGCAUUCCUGUGGCCGCUAAUAGUCCCAGUGAAUCAGGAGCAAGUGCAGAGAUUGACACAGAUCUGAGCGGUAAGAUAGUUUUGGUGAGUGAAGCUUCCUCGGAUAUUGGAGCCGCCAUUGCUGAGAAGCUGGCUCUGUGCAAUGCAAAGGUCGCCAUGUUUGAUACAAAUUUGGAUAAAUUGAACAAUUUGAAAGAAAAAUUUGAGCAGGCUGGAGCUACUCAAGUGUUUGCUAUGAAGGUUGACGUCACUAGCAUAAUUGAGGUGAAAAAUGCAGUCGGGAUUAUUGAAAGGCUCUGGGGUCCAGUAGAAAUUCUAGUGGACAAUGGCAACUGCAUGUAUUAUCAGGUGAUGAAGAACUGCGACGUUGCCAAGUGGUGCAAGAUGCAAGAUGGCAAGGGAUCGCUCAAUUGUCUGGCAGCUGUUUUUGGAGGCAUGGCUGAGAGGAAAAAUGGCCGCAUUGUCAAUAUCACAUCAGAUGCUGGCAAAGUUGUGAUGGAGAAAUUUGAUUUUUCUAGUAGUGUGGAGAGUCUGAACCCAUCAGAUGUGGCUAAUGCUGUGGUAUCUGCCCUCAAGCAGCCUUUUUCGCGUUCAAAAUUGAAGUAAUUCAUAACAAUACUAUACUUGUGAUGUCCACCAAGGAUCUAUAUUAUCAUAAUUAGUCUUAUAUCCAAAGUAAAGUAGGUACUCAUUUUUGUAGGUACCAAUAAUUUUGUCAUGGAAUAAUAGCAUUAGAACUUUUCAUAGUUUUCUACUUUUCUAUUGGAAUGAUACAUUUUUUGA